CUCGCUUUGUGUGUUUUGUUUUGGGCUCUCUUUGCAACAGAUCAAUGGAAGCGCCACCAGCCACCGACUAGCAAAAUUAUGGGAUGGCGUGUGCCUUCGCCCGCCUCUCCGCAGAGCGGUGGGACAAUGUGGCUUUUGAUUUGCAGGAGGGUCUGCCCGGAUUAGGAGCCGAUUGGAUCCGUCUUCAUUUUCUCCCUCUGUUAUCUCCCCCCCCCCAAAAAAAGAAUAUUGCUAGCAGGGGACAUAAAUCAGGAAAGGAAGGUUUUUGUUUGCAUUUUUUUGGGGGGGUGGUAAUAAAACUAGGAGAGCGGUACGGACAGAGAAGGGGAAAGAAGACGGUCGUUUUGAUCUCAUCUACAAAUUUAUUUUUAAAAUAAUAAGAAGAACUCCUCAACUUUGUGUGAAUGGACUUGAAGGAGGUGCCUGGACCCGGCAGGAGUCGGACUGGCUGAUCCUGGAAGGGCUUUGGGGACGAGUUCUUCAAUGGUGCGGCGUUUGUUUUCAUUUUCGAAUUAUAAAUAUGUUUUUACCCCAGAAAAUCACCUUUGGCUGAAAUCCCCCUCGGAUCAAAAGAAACUGGCAGGUGCAGACAAGGCGGACGACUCCUGAUUUGGAUUAUGAAUCACGUUGACCCAUGAAGGAUUAGCUGGGGGCCGUUUGCGACUCCUUUCUCCUUCCAGGCUUGGCGUCUUCUGCCAAGAGGGAUCAGCGGCUUUGUCGUUGGGUAAGGGGGACAAAUGGCCAAGUGGUUUAAGGAUUACUUGAGUUUUGGGAGCAGGAGGUCUCCCCCACAGCCCCCCAAACCAGAUUACACCGAAAGUGAGAUCUUGAAGGCCUACCGAGCUCAGAAGAGCUUGGACUUUGAGGAUCCCUAUGAAGAUGGCAACGGGAAAGUGGAUCCGGACUCAGACGGGUCCCCAAACAAAGGGGUUGCUGCUGCUGCUGCUGCUGCUGCUGGAGGAAUCGGUUUGGAAGGGAAGUAUGGCUCCCCCAAGCACAGGCUCAUCAAAGUGGAAGCUUCUGACCUGAACAGGAGCAAAGCCCUCUUGGCGGCUGAGGAUGUGACAACCCAGCCAGAUCAGGCCCCUGGAGAGAGUGAAUACUCUGAUCCCUUUGACGCCCACCGGGAGCCUAAAGAAGAGGAGGAGGAGGAGGCCGAGUCUGAGAACAACGGCUACAUGGAACCUUAUGAUGCUCAGAAGGUGGUUGUUGAUUUCCAGCGGAAAAGCGACCGGGAUGAGCAAAGGGUGAAGAAAUCCCGGAUUGGGCUGCAGCUGUACGACACCCCCUAUGAGGAGAAGGAGCCAGAGUCUGACCCGGAGGGCAGGCCCACCAGCAAGCCCCGAGAGAGCCGGCUGCCCCAGGACGACGAGAGGCCGGCCGAUGAGUAUGACCAGCCAUGGGAGUGGAAGAAGAACCACAUCUCUCGGGCCUUCGCAGUAGACAUUAAGGAGAAUAAAGUCUUGCCCUGGCCACCUCCGGUAGGACAACUCACGGGCACAGAGGAAUCCCUAGAUCCAGAAGUGCAGUUUGAGACGCCAGACUGGGAAUGGACGUCCCUCGCCGCUGCCUCUUCCACGCACAAAGAACACUGGCGCCCACACCUGACGGGGAGCUCCAAGUUUGUCCGCUCACAGAGCCCUGAGCACGGCCUUCCUGCUGCGGAGCGCGUCGACCCCUCGCUGCCCUUGGAAAAUCAGGCGUGGUUUCACGGCACCAUCAGCCGAGCCGACGCUGAAUCCCUCCUGACCCUCUGCAAGGAAGGCAGCUACCUGGUCCGGAACAGCGAGACCAGCCGCAACGACUACUCUCUCUCCCUCAGGAGCAGCCAAGGCUUCAUGCACAUGAAAUUCACCCGGACGAAGGAGAACAAGUAUGUCUUGGGCCAGAACAGCGCCCCCUUCGACAGCAUCCCCGAAGUCAUCCAUUUCUACACGGCUCAAGAGCUGCCCGUCAAAGGUGCUGAGCACCUCUCCUUGCUGUAUCCAGUUGCCGUUCAGACUCUGUGAAAAGGACUCUGGCCGCUGGCUGCUGUGGGAGCAAAGGGGCUGCUCUUUUAUUCUUUCUUUUUCGUUUGAUCCAAAGAGACUUGGCAUGUUGAAUGUCUGGAGUGCAGAACAUCGGGAGGAGAGGCACCCCUUUGAGCCCUCCUGCUCCUAAGUAGGAACAAUGGGCAGUCUACCGCCCGGCCACCUGCCCUCGUUCCACAACCACGACGCCUCCAGCAGUGAGGAAGGGUGUCUUGGGGUGACCUGCCCUUCCCCACACUUGCUGGGUACCCUGACACCUCUGGCCUUGACACCUCUAUCUCAAUUUGCUGGGUUCUGAGCCAUCGCCAGGAGGCCCCCUUUUGAGGCUGCCCGCAGAGCCUGCUCUCCGUUUUGUUUCCCAUUUCAGCCUCACAGCAAAGUCCACCCUGCUGAUCCUGCCUUCAGGGAGAGGGGAGAAUGAGCCUUCUGAGAUCUCAGAAUGUAUCUUGCUUUCCAGAGGCUCCCCGCUGUAGAAUCACACAAUUGUAGACUCACACAAUUGUAGAGUUGGACCCUGCAACACAGGAAUCGCAGCUCAUGUUUUCCUGAAUUACUCAAAGCAGCCAGAAUUGGGGGGGGGGGGGCGUUCCUGCGCCCAGGGUUUGUUCUUUGCCUCCACCUGGCAGCAGGCUCAGACUCCUGCAAUAUUUCCAAUUUGUACGAUUGUCCCACCCAAAAAGCAAUGCCCUCUUAUCCUGUAACGUUUAGUGUGCCCAAUUGUUGUUGGCACUCCCAGUGCAUCACAUGGCUUGAUUGAUUUGGGAAGGACAUCAGAAGCCGUCUCACCCAGCCCCCAGCAAGGCUGCAGCAACCCUGGCAGGUCGGCCUCUGCUUAAAAAGCUUUUUGAGAAGGAGCCUCUUUCUGUCCUGUUGGUUCAGGAUCUCCCUCAAGGACCAGAGUCGCUCCAUCCUCUCUCUGCAACAAGCCCUUGCAGCAAAAGCAAAACACAGAGUCUGGUGGCACCUUAGGCGGCUGACGAAUUUAUCAUGGCACAAAGCUUUCUCUUUGUCAGAUGCAUUAAGGGGAAUCUUACUUGGCAGGCAGAUAAAGGCGGAAAUUCAAUUCAAUUCAAUAUAAGUUUAUUGUUCUUGCCAAAGGCCAUGACAAACCCACAGCAAGAGUACCAAUAAAAGAUCAUGCGGAUCAUGCGCCCAUAUAUAAGCCAGCACCCAUAAUUUAAGAGACAGGUUACCAGAGACACCAACAAACUCAAAUCCAGCUUGGGUUCAAAUUAAACCUCUGAAUCACCAUAAUUUAUAGCCUUUACAUUUCCUUUUCCUGAUUUCCCCCCCCCCCCCAGUCUGUACAUAGAGGGGCGCUCUCUGUGUUAUGAGGCUAGUAUCGUCACUCAAAAGAAACCAGACCAUGCCUGCCUGGGUGUGUCUGCUUGCUUUUGUGAAGAAAGGUUUCAGAAAGUCAUCAUCAUCAGACCUUUUAUUAGCAUCACAUCCAAACAUCCAAAACAAAUCAAUACAGAAUUACCACUUCCCCAGUGGCGCAAAACAUUUGCUAAAAGAAAGGAGGCAGAGCAGUCUAUCGUCACAUCUCCAGGUCUCCAGGGAGAUCAGGCGUCUGCAGAGUAUUUCAAUGACAAAAAAACAAAUAGAGAUAUUUAGCCACUAAAUUUGGUGAGCUCCUGAUCAUUCCCCAGUAAUAGAAAAUGUAUGACCUCUGACUCUGGUUUCCAUUUGGGGAUGCAGAGUUGAUCUAGAAAUUGCUGGCGGAGAUCAGCAUAUAGUUUACAAUUGAGAACCAGAUGUGUGAGGGUUUCCACCAGGUGGUUUUCACAUGGGCAAGUUCUUUCUCCUUCCACCCUGCCUGAGAAACUUCCCCAAAGGAGGUCUGAUGGAUUUGAAUUAAACCUGGCCAGCGAAAAUGCCCUUCUUUCUUGAAAAUGCCCUUCUUUCUUGAAAAUGCCCUUCUUUCUUGAAAAUGCCCUUCUUUCUUUCUCUGCAGAAAGUGAUCUCUUGGGUCUCUAUAUAAGGGGCAGGCUAGCAGAUGUCUUCCACCAGAGGCUGACCGCAAACACAGUGUCUGUCUGCAUAUGGGACCUGCUGUAGCAGCCAUCCCAGACUGCAGUGGUCAUCAUUUGGAAAUUUUCAAGGAAGCUGGCAAGAGUUUGAUCACAUAACCAGCUCUAAAAUGCUCUGCUCUCAAGGGGUGUGUGUGUGUGUUUCUAAUUCCUUGUGAGUUGGGCAAGGAAACAUUCCCAAGAAACAGUCACCGAUAGCACAGGUAGUGUAGCAUUGGUAAGCUAAUAGACACCAUUUGCUAAUUAACACAAAAUGCUAAUCAAUAUUUUUAUUUAACUCAAAGUCAUGGCAUGCUACAUGAUUCCUUUGUUCUAUAUAAUGGGCAACCUUGAGGGCAGUUUCAGAGUCCUCUCUGCUUGAUGGAUCUUGCCAGUUCUUUUUGUGCUGGCAGUACCAACUUUUCCCCUAGAGUAAAAGCACUGGCUGUUGCCAGUCCUGCUGCCAGAUCAGGGCUCUUUUGCUCUUUUGCAUCGGGACCGACCCGUCUUGCCCACGGAGAAGGCAGAAGGGCAUCUGACAAAGUGGGCUUGACUCCAUGAAUGCUUCUUCCACGAUGCAGUUGUUAGCCGUCCAGGUGCCACAAGACCCUUUGGUCGCUUUUGCUUCAAAUAGAGUAAGAGGGUGAUUGGAUGGCCUCGUAAUUAUUGCUACUCCAGGCUAAAUGGAGCAGGAAAGAGAAGGAAGCUUUCAAUGCAAUGAAGGGUGUGUGUGACGCCUUUCCUCUUCCUCAUGGUGCAGGGGAGAUGUGGGGGCUGCUGCUUUGCGCCUUGGCCAUGCAGGCAGCACAAGAGCUAUUUGUGGCCCAGGAUGAGGCUUCUCCCGUCCCAGGCUGGGGCGUCUGUCGUCUCCCUCCCUUCCAAGCUAUUUUUGCCAUCUUUGUUCCAUGUUUCCUCGGGCAUCUUGUGUGGGAGGGGGUCUGUUCCCUCUGUUUGUCCUGUGUUCUGGUGCAAUAUAUUUCCUCCCUUCCUCUUCGCCACGAUGGUGCUGCCUUUGCAUUAAACUCCUCCACCCGCA